AGUACAUACAACUCCAACAAUACAACCGUGGCUUGUUUGGUAAGGAGUGAAACCAUAAUACGAUAUCUGAAGAGCACGACUUCAUUUUGUACCACCCAAGGAGUAGCCAAUGGCUACUGGGCGGACCAGCGACAUCAUGAAAAUACCCUAAUCUGGAAAAAUACGAGAUGGCAGUUUAUCUGAGACUUUUGCGAUGAAUCACCACGAAACUUCUAAAAUAUCCAAUGACAAAGGGGUUUAUACGAGUGGAUUAUAAAUUUCAAUGAUUUUUGUGGCGUUUCCAAUGCAAUGGCCUGCCAAAAUCAAAUAUCUCUCUGGGCUGUUGAACUUCAGAUUAAUUCUCCUGGAGGGCUCAAAGGUUGACAUUAUUUUGAGAGUAAAAGACUCCGAAGGCAAACAACAACACCAUUUGACAUUAGAAGCUUAAUUCAUGAUUGCUUGUCUGCUACCAGCUCUACCGGCGACUGGAAAUAUCCAACAUGCCCUCCAGGAUCAGUGCCUUUGCGCCUAACCUCCAGUUCGAUAAUCUUCAAACAUGCUUAUUUUUGCUGGCUUGUUUAUUCUUCGUUAGCUGCAUAUGGACUAGGUAUAGUCCGGGCAUUCGAAAUGUGCCCGGUCCAUUUGUCGCCAGCUUCUCAAACCUAUGGAAGAUAUAUAGGGUUUUACAAAAGGAUAUGGCAUGGCGGAACAUCGAGGUUCACGAAAAGUACGGUCCUCUUGUGCGGAUAGGGCCAAACCAUGUGUCAGCAUCUGAUCCAGAGGCUUUGAAGACGAUAUACAGCUUUACCAAUAUCUUCCCCAAAUCUGAAUUCUAUUCCAUCGGGGAGGGCCUUUAUGAGGGCAAGAAAUUACCCACGCUUUUCACAACGCGGAGUAAUGAGUACCAUGCACAGUUGAAGCGGGCUUCAGCCAAGGGUUUCUCGAUGACGGCCAUCUCGGAGUUAGAGCCAUACGUAAACGGGUGUAUUGAGUUAUUUCUAAAAAAAGUCGAAGAGCGCUCAAAUGAUGGCAAAAUGGUCUUUGAUAUUGGACCGUGGAUGCAAUUCUUUGCAUUUGAUGUUCUUGGAGAGGUCAACUUCUCUAGAAGCCUUGGGUUCUUGGAGACAGGCGCCGAUGUUGAUAACAACAUUGCCGCAAUUGAUCAGUUUUUGUCUUAUGUUUCUUUGAUCGGACAGAUACCCACCGCAAACUAUUUUUUUCUGGGAAAUCCAAUUUUACCGUUAAUCUUUUCGAGCUAUGAGAAAAUGAACAAAGUGCAAGAGUUCGCUAUCGCCAUGGUUAAGGAACGCAGACAGAACCCGGUUUCUCGAAAGGAUAUACUUGCAGCUUUAUUUGAGGUUCAUGACUCUUCUCCUUCAAAGCUAUCAUCUCGCGAGAUCGUUGCCAUUACAACUACCAAUAUUCUCGCUGGUUCCGAUACGACGGCAAUUACCCUAAGGGCCAUAUUCUACUAUCUGUGUAAAAAUCUGUCGAUGUAUCGAAAACUUCAACGGGAGGUAGACAGUGCAGUUGAGGCGGGUCGGCUGUCCAAACCCGCUACAUACAAAGAAACUACGACAUUAACAUACCUUGGUGCUGUGAUCAACGAAGCCAUGCGCAUUCACCCUCCAACAGGAUUUAUUUUGGAACGUGUCGUCCCAGAAGGUGGUGUCACACUAAAUGGCACAUAUCUGCCAAAGGGAACUAUUGUGGGAGUCAAUCCCUGGGUGAUAAAUUAUAACAAACAAGUAUUUGGUGAGGAUGUCAACGUGUUCCGACCUGAGCGCUGGCUUGAGGGGAGUCCAGAAGAGAGAGCCGACAAAAAUAGAAAUAUGUUCGCGUUUGGUGCCGGUCCCCGUGUCUGUAUUGGAAAGCACAUCAGUCUUUUGGAGAUGUGGAAACUUGUGACAGAAUUUGUCCGUCACUUUGAUUUCGAGUUGGAGGAUCCCAAAGCGGAGUGGAAUAUACAGGCUGGAUGGUUUGUAAAACAAGAAGGCCUAAGAUUGAAGUUCAAGAAGAGGGUUUGAGUGACCUUUUUUUCUUGGUGCGGAAGAAAAGUUUGAUAUUUGCACACAGUACAGUAGGUAUAGGUAUUUAGGGACGAUUUUACCUUAUAAUAUUAUGACAUCUACUACACCUUUUGAAGAUUAUAAAUCUCAUUAAUGUUCCUUCCUCUCUGCA